GGAGGGGUGUGGAGGCUGUCCAGCUUACCCUUUCGCUGGGUGGGUUUGCGCGUCUCGCGGGCUAAAAUGUGGGUGGCAUUGCCCAGCUUGGCGUUGGGUGCAUUGUGGGCAUUUGAGUAGAGCUCAGUUGUAACGCUUCAGUAUGUUUGGCUGCAGAGAGGAGCACUCCAGUAAGUGACCGGGAGCAUUGGAGAUAACCUGAUAUAGAAGGUAUCAGGGAAACAAAAGUUCCUUUCAGAAGUGGCUCCUGGCUGUUGAGAAGAGGAGGCUGGCCCUGCCUGCUUCUUUACGAGUUGCUAAGUGGAUAGGCUGGCAGGAAGAAAAUAGUGAGGUGCCACUUGGGCUGCUGUUCAGCCUAGCAGGAGGUAGUCCAGUGGUUUUUAAACCAAAUCCUUCCUUACAUGCUUCAAGGCAGAUAAGAUUAAAAAAAAUGUUUGGUUCCCCCUCAUAGACAAUACAGGAAGCAGAGGACCUUUUAAGGGUGAAAUAUUCAUAAUGAUGCUAAUUACAGUCAGCCUUCUUUACUAGGGGGAGGUGUGUGCGCGCGCAUGUGUGCUUCUUUUCUAAGUAUGUUUCUAAGUUUGUCUGAGAAUUUCAGAGUGAUCUAUAAUGUUCCUCCACCCAUUAUCCUUACAGAAAGGCCAUGAGUUUUCUUCAGCUAUUCUAAUCUUCUGUUUGCCUGAUACGGUGAACUAAAAAUAUGAGCUGGGUUCACACAAUGUGUUAGACAAAAAUAUGUUGACUUGUGUAUGAACGUGUGCAGUAUUCAAAGCAAAGUAAGUGACUAUGGAUCAGUUGCUCUGCUUUCUCUCAGCCCAACCUACCUCAGGGGUUGCUGCUGUGGGGAAAUGUAGAAGAGAGCAGUGUGAACCUCAUCUUGAGUUCCUGUAUAAAAGAGAUUUCAUUGAACAACACUAUGUCACUUUGAAGAAGGCAAAUCCAAACUUCCCCAUCUUGAUCAGAGAAUGCUCCAAUGUUCAUCCCAUGCUAUGGGCUAGAUAUGCUUUUGGCCUAGAGAAGAGCAUGUCACUGAAUAACCUAAAUGUGGAGCAAGUUGCUAAAGCCUUGGAGAAUGCUGUUAAUAGCAAAAUAUAAAGAUAAUCCUGUAUCCUCAUUUUAUUCAAAAACAAUAUGUAGACUCUUUUUGUUUGUAAUUUCUGUGUAAUUAAUUGUGAUCUAUAAAUAAAGUUACGUACAAAGUG